ACUCACGAGGGAGAGUAGCAGGGGUAAAGAGAGAGAGAGAGAUCAUGGAGGAGAGGAUGGGCAAGAGGGGAGAGCUGGGAGCCGUGGAGGACGAAGACGAUGUUCUUCUUCCGGGAUUCCGGUUCCGUCCCACCGACGAAGAGCUCGUGGGGUUUUAUCUCCGGCGGAAGGUGGCCAAGAAGCGUCUCAGCAUGGAGAUCAUCAAAGAGAUAGAUAUCUACAAAUAUGAUCCGUGGGAUCUACCAAAAGCGAGCACUGGUGGCGACGAGGAGUACUUCUUCUGCCUCAGAGGGAGGAAGUACCGAAACAGCAUCAGGCCAAAUAGGGUGACCGGGUCAGGUUUCUGGAAGGCGACCGGCAUCGACAGGCCCAUAUACUCCGCAGGCAACUCCGGCGACUGCAUCGGCCUCAAGAAAUCCCUGGUUUACUACCGAGGGAGUGCAGGAAAGGGUACCAAAACGGAAUGGAUGAUGCAUGAGUUCCGCCUUCCCAACAUCACCGACAGCAACUCUCCGUGCAAGCGUGAAGCUGAAAUCUGGACGAUCUGCCGAAUCUUCAAGAAGAGUGCCUCCCACAGGAAGACACCAAAUGCGCCAACCGAGUCAAGCACUGCAGGGAACGACUGCUGGUGCAUCGCCUCCUCGGGCUAUUCCAAUGGAGAGAACGGCCAAGGAUGCGCAGGCCACUGGGAGUUGAUGAAGCAAGCUCCCUUGGCCUUGUGUCCCGACAUGGUUCAGAGUCCAGGCAUGGAUGAUUUCUUCAGCGGAGAUGGUAAAUGGGAUGAACUCGGAAGGAUUAUGGACUUCAUAACAGAUUGAAGCAGUUGCCUCCGAGGGAAAAAAGAAGAGUCCUGCUACCAAACUUCCCUCCCGAGAAUCUAUCAUGUUUGGGUUGAAGAGAUGGUGAUCGGGAACUUUUUGGGACACAGGGCAGCAGUUCACUUCCCGGAAAGAUAAUUUAUGCUGCAAGAGCUUCACGGUGCAGUCUCCUGACAUAGUCAUCACGCUGACAUUAGCUACAAUAAUGCAGCAAACUGAGAUGCUGUCUGUGGAGUUUUUACAUGCAUAGAAUAGAGAAAAUAGAGGCGUUGCUCAUUACUUACAGCUCAAUCCUGUAUGUAAACCUACGCUAUUAAGAUUAUAAUAAAUAGUAGAAGAUGUCACAAUUACAAAUA